GUUCUCUCUCGGCCUCUUUCUUCACACUGCUGCAGACACACCGGCGAUUCGGUGAGUAAGAUCAUGAAUUAAGGGAGAACUAGUGGAGUGAUAAAUAACAUUUAAGAAUAGGUGUAUUAAUUCAGGAUGAUCAUCACACUCCUGUAAGCUGUUCUCCAACCUUGAAACUGAAGACCCAUAUCAACAACUACUUUCAACAAUGGAGUCAUUCCAGAAUCAUUUGAGACCUUCGAGGAAGUCUUUGCUGUUUGUCUUCAUCGCAGUAUGGCUUUUCGUUUCCAUUUCCUCCGAUGAAGAUUACUACAAGUUGCUGGGUAUCUCGAGAGAGGCCAGUACGCGUGAGAUUCGGCAGGCUUUCAAAAAGCUUGCUCUCACAAUGCAUCCAGAUAAAAACCCUAAUGAUGAAGCAGCCCACGACAGGUUCUUGAAGAUCAAUCGUGCCUAUGAGGUGCUGAAGGACGAGGACUUGAGGAAGAAAUACGACAAGUAUGGAGAGAAGGGCCUGCAAGAUGAACAGCAGGGAGGAAGAUAUGAAAGCUGGAACUAUUACAGAUAUGAUUUUGGAAUUUAUGAUGAUGAUCCAGAAAUUACUACACUAGACAGAGGGGACUUUGAUGCAGCUGUAAAUUCCGGAGAGGUCUGGUUUGUGAAUUUCUAUUUCCCACGCUGCUCGCACUGUCACGACCUUGCCCCCACGUGGCGCGAGUUUGCUAAGGAAAUGGACGGCGUGAUUCGGAUCGGUGCCGUGAACUGCGGUGAUAAUGGCAUGUUGUGCCGUAGCAAAGGCAUCAGCAGCUACCCCAGCCUCUAUGUGUUCAGAGCAGGAAUGAAUCCAGAGAAAUACUAUGGCGACAGAACAAAAUCAAGCCUCACCAAACAUGCAAUGCAGUUUGUGAAGAGCAAAGUGACGGAACUAUGGCAAGGGAACAUUUCCAAUGAGAUUGAACGGGCCUUUGCUGAAAGAAUCGGCUGGUUGAUAAGUUUCUGUGCAGACACUGGGGAUUGUCUGGAACCUCAGACAAGACGGAAGCUAGCUGGAAUGUUGGAUGGUCUGGUCAAUGUAGGAUGGAUAGAUUGCUCCAAACAGGCAGAUUUGUGUGAGAGCUUUGAGAUCACCACUAGCACAACAGCCCUCUUUCCCCCUGGCAGUUCCCUUGCUCAGAAAGGCAGCGUAUUGUUUAUCCAGAGUUUGGAUACUAGAGAGAUAUAUGCACAAGUGUUGCAGCAUCUGCCUGACCUGGAGAUUCUUACAAAGAGCAGCUUUGAGCAUAAAUUGGCUCAUCACCGAUGGCUCGUCAGUUUCUCCUUUGGACACAACAAUUUGGCAACACAUGAGUAUAAAAAACUCAAAGCUCUUCUUAAGGAUUCUCACAUACAGGUGGGGAAGGUGGACUGCGUCUCAGAUUCAGAGCUGUGUGCUUCUCUGUAUAUCCAGAAGCCCUGUGUGGCUGUUUUUAAAGGGGUUGGAAUUCAUGAUUUUGAGAUUUACCACGGUAAGGAUGCCCUGUACAAUGUUGUGGCCUUUGCAAAAGAAAGUGUGAAUGCCCACGUCACCACCCUCAGACCUGAGAACUUCCCCAGCCACGAGAAGGAGCCCUGGCUGGUUGAUUUCUUCGCUCCUUGGUGUCCGCCAUGCCGAGCUCUUCUCCCUGAGUUGAGAAAAGCCUCCGUCCAGCUCUUUGGACAGCUGAAGUUUGGGACUCUGGACUGUACCGUACAUGAGGGGCUCUGCAACAUGUACAACAUUCAUGCAUAUCCAACAACUGUAAUCUUCAACAAGUCCAGCAUUCAUGAGUAUGAGGGCCAUCACUCUGCAGACGGCAUCCUGGAGUUCAUAGAGGACCUGGUGAACCCUGUGGUGGUGACUUUGACCCCAGAGUCAUUCCAGGAACUGGUGAAGAGACGCAAGUCCUCAGAGACAUGGAUGGUGGAUUUCUACGCUCCGUGGUGUGGACCCUGUCAGGCCCUGCUGCCAGAGUGGAGGAGAAUGGCACGGAUGCUGAGUGGGAUUGUAAACGUGGGAACAGUCGACUGCCAGAGACACCACUCUUUCUGCCAGAGCGAGAGUGUCCGUGCUUACCCAGAGAUCCGCCUGUUCCCUCAGAACAGCAACCGCAGAGACCUGUACCAGAGCUACAGUGGAUGGCACCGGGAUGCCUUUUCACUCAAGUCUUGGGCCUUGAGCUCGCUGCCUCGUGCCUCAGUAGAUCUGACACCUGAGGACUUUAAGAGAAAGGUUUUGGGCGGGAAGGAUCACUGGGUGUUGGAUUUCUACGCCCCAUGGUGCGGCCCAUGCCAGCAGUUUGCCCCUGAAUUUGAAGUUCUUGCCAGGAUGAUGAAGGGAACUGUGCGAGCUGGCAAAGUGGACUGCCAAGCACACUACCAGACCUGCCAGAGCGCUGGGAUCAAGGCUUACCCCACUGUCCGAUUUUACCCCCACCUAGGGACCACACGGCGAGAUCAUGGAGGAGAGCAUAUUAACAGCAGAGAUGCCGCCGUCAUCGCAGACAUUCUCCAACAGAGACUCCAGCAGCUAGCCUUACAGGGAAAGUCUUCCAAACUUAAAGAUGAACUCUAGGACACAUCUCGCGAUCCACAGAAGCUGUUGUUUGUGGCGUGGUGAGAGUGAUGGGAGAAAACGCACACUCAUGAACUCACUUUGAUGAGCACAAGAGAUUUGUUUGAGUUUUUUUUAACUGCCAAAUGGACUGUAGAAAGGAGCGGCCUCACCUCAUCUGUUUCAGAGAGGGUUUGAGGAUGGAAUCAGGAUUCAACAUGCACCUCUAAAUGUGUUACUGAUUCAAGAAGAGGUCACCACAGUGCAAUUAUUUAUGAUCUUCUGUAAUCAGUGAAUGUACUGUCAAAACGUGUCUUCAUUUACUUACAGAGACUGUAUUUAUGACUGUAACAAUAGAUGUAUUUUCUCACAGCUGCUCAGUUUUCAAUUGGAUUUCUGUGAUUAAACGGUCUGGUAAAAUGUAAAGAAUUUUUGUAAAGAGAGAUGUAUUUUACUUGGUGAAAUGCAGUUUGGAGUUGCGUUUCUGAGCAACAUUAGAAGACUUAUUUCAGUGUGCUUUUAGAACUAUCAUGGAGUUUGUUAAACCAAAUUAUUGUAGAAAGCAUAAAACUACACUGGCUAUAGAUGAAAUCUGUAGUUAAAUUUGUUUAUCUGCAGUUAUGUUCUGUUUUAUUUGUUCUCUUUUAAUUAUUUUAGUGUCCAGCAGCUAUAUUUGUUUGCAGAGAUUCGUUGUAGAAUACACUUUUUUUUUUUCUGUUGACUGAUCUUUCUGUAUUAAAGGUGUGUGAAUGGUCUCCAGGUGGCCACUAGGGGGCGAUGAUUUAACAUCAAGUUCUCAUAGGCCUGUUGAAUUGAACGUUUGCAUUUAUUCGGAGGGAUAUUCACUAUUGUUUUGUAGAAACAACAGCUUAAUAAACAUGACACAAUGCCCUGUU